UUUAUUAUUUUUCUUGACUAGGAAUUUUUAGAUAAAAUACUUAUUUGUCAAGUCUUGGCAUUGCAUUGCUUUAUUUUAUUCUGUUACUACAAUAACUUCAGAAAAAAAGUGGAAGUCUGUUAUCACCCAUACUUUACUGAUGAUGAAUCAAGGGUGGGAGUGGUUGACUUACCCAGGGUGAUGUCUGAUAAGUAACCAAAUUCAUAUUACAUUCCAGUCAGCAGACCAGUCCAGUGCAUGUGGUUUGUACUGCAUUGCAGUCCUUUUGGUCAUAUUUAAUGUGAGGACCAUAAUUUCUAGAAAUUAAUAUAUUAAGAAUCUUUGACAGCAAUAUAUAAUCUAUACUAGAAUUUUUAUCAUGGUGCUGUCUAUAAAAAACAAUAAUUAACAAUUUCCAUAAUUAUUUUGCUCUACAUUGUAUCUGAAACUUUAAUUAAAUGAGUGAUGAUGGAAAAGAAAUAGACAUUGUUAUGAAAAAAGAGUAAUUUAAUAUGCAAUCGUCUUACCUAUAUAGAUGAAAUUGAUUGCUGCCAAUGGGCUACGCCUCAGGAGUCUAAUGAAAGACUUUAUCCCCCACAGCCUAGUUCAGGGCCAUAUCUAGAACACUGCAGAGGAGAACGCAUCUUAGCAUCCAUAUACCGACAGCGUUCUCAAGUUCCUCUUCCAUCGCACGUUUCACUGGAGAGGACUGAGUUCUGCAUUUUUGAGAGGUGAGGAAAAACUACACAGAAAAAGUUUUUUCCAGGCUAAAUAAAGAAUUAGGCCUUCAGACUAUGGGAUAGAACAGUAACCAUAUCACAUCCAAGUGAUGUGAAAUUUUGUUGUGAAUGAAGGCAGUAAGCAUCUUUAGUGAAGUCGGCAUCUUUGAACCUUCCAGUAUGUAAAAGGAACCCAGUAGCAUACCUGUCUCUGAAACUGUGUCAUUGCUAUUUCACCAGCCAGGCUGUCGAUGACGCUGCAGUUGUGGCGUAGCUGGUGUAUACCACCUAAAGGAGAAAGUUUAAUCUGAAUAUAUCUGAGUAUUUAAAAACAACUUUUCUGCUGUCUUAGAUACUGGAUAAUUCUUAUAUUGUAGCUAUAUAUCAGUAUCUAAUUUUAAAAUCCAUCUCAUAUAUUAUGAAGAUACUGGAGAUUUAUAUAUUAGCUUGCCAAAGUACUAUAUUGAUCUUUUAAAUUACCUAAUUAGAGUUUUUCUUUUGGCAAUGUCUUCAGAGUUGCUGUAUUUCGAAUAUGCAUUUACAUAGCUCAGAGUCAGAAAUUCAAGAGUAAAACCUAAAGAGGAAUCAGAGGAGCUUGUAGCUUUAAAACACGAGAUGCGCACAGCUUUUUAAUAUAAAUUGUUCCCAGAAUCCAUGUCACAGCUCCUUCUAUGGUGCUGCUUUUUUUUUCCUCUUUCUCUUGGUUGCUAUGACAACAGCAGCACUGCGCCAUUCAUCAGCUCUGGACCUAGACUGCACUGUUAGCCUUCCGUGUUACUCCUGAAUGUUAAGAACAUCCGUGAAUCAUUCACUCCGGUUAAUGCUGCGCCAUUAGAAACCUCAGAACCAGUUCUUCAGCAAUUUUCUCUAGCAGAAGAGUAAACCAAACUGCGCCACAGAGAAAACCGUAUAAAAAUAUUUCUCUCAAAUGGGAUUGUACAAUCUGUAUUUGCUGCAGUAUUCUGAGAAAAUAACUUCAUGUCAAGCAACCUAAUGAAAAGAGCUCAUCGGUAUAAUAUUUUGAAAUCAUUAGAUUUCAGAACAAGUACAGCAGUGCCUGCUUGUGUGGAUACAGAAAGAAGCAGGUGAUGUUGUUAGGGGCUCUACGCCCCUUUGGGAUUAUCUUCUGUGCAUUGGGACCAUAACCACCAUCUGCUAGAAGUGUCACCUGUAAGGCAUAGUAAGUUCUUGGCAGCGAGAAGAGCUGGCUGGAGAAGAUUACAGUGUGGAUCAUUACUAAUGUGUCAGCACCAACGACACGGCCAGUGAAUAAGCCUGGAAAUGGGAAGCAAACGGCAGAGUAUUGACAGAUGAGGAAGGAAGAGGAAAGGCUCCCCUCUGAGGAAGGCAAAGUUUGUUGAGAGCCCACGAAUUCCAGAGUCCGAGCUUGGCUCCCCAACCCUCACUUCAGCUCAGAAACUGGACGUGGAUGCAUACUGCCCUGGUGAUGUUGAACAGGAACUUGGCCCACCUCCAUCUGUAGAUGAGGCAGCAAACACACUCAUGACUCGUCUGGGUUUCCUCCUUGGAGAGAAAGUCACAGAAGUACAACCAGGUGACCAAUACAGCAUGGAGGUACAGGAUGAAAAUCAGACCUCAGCAAUCACCCAGCGAAUAAGUCCCUGCUCCACCUUGACAAGCAGCACUGCCUCUCCACCAGCCAGCAGCCCCUGUUCUACGCUCCCACCAGUCAGUACAAAUGCAACUGCCAAAGACUGUAGCUAUGGGGCUGUCACUAGCCCCACCUCCACCCUAGAAAGCAGAGACAGUGGCAUCAUUGCAACAUUAACAAAUUAUUCUGAAAACAUGGAGCGAACAAAAUAUGUUGGGGAAGGUGGUAAAGAAUUGGGCUCUGGAGGAAAUCUAAAACCAUGGCAGUCUCAAAAAUCCAGCAUGGACUCCUGUCUGUACCGAGUGGAUGAAAACAUGGCUGCAUCCACAUACAGUCUGAACAAGAUCCCGGAGCGGAAUCUAGAAACAGUUUUAUCGCAGUCUGUACAGUCUAUUCCUUUGUAUCUCAUGCCUCGGCCAAAUUCUGUAGCAGCCACCAGUUCUGCCCACUUGGAGGACCUUGCUUACCUGGAUGAGCAGAGACAUACUCCUUUGAGGACGUCUCUUCGAAUGCCAAGACAGAGCAUGAGUGGUGCUCGCACACAGCAGGAUCUCAGAGUUCGAUUUGCACCCUACAGACCUCCAGACAUCUCCCUGAAGCCCCUACUCUUUGAAGUGCCCAGCAUUACCACAGAGUCAGUGUUUGUUGGCCGAGAUUGGGUAUUCCAUGAGAUCGAUGCUCAGCUUCAGAGUUCCAACGCCAGCGUGAACCAAGGAGUAGUGAUUGUGGGAAACAUUGGGUUUGGCAAAACUGCCAUCAUCUCCAGACUGGUGGCCCUCAGCUGCCAUGGUACACGGAUGAGACAGAUCGCCUCUGACAGCCCACACGCCUCCCCUAAACAUGUGGAUGCCAACAGAGAGCUACCCCUCACCCAAGCACCUUCAUCCCACUCUUCUAUUGCCAGUGGAAGCUGUCCAGGAACUCCAGAAAUGCGCAGGCGGCAGGAGGAAGCCAUGCGGAGACUUGCCUCACAGGUGGUUGCCUAUCACUAUUGCCAAGCAGACAAUGCCUACACCUGCCUGGUACCAGAAUUUGUCCACAAUGUUGCUGCCCUGCUCUGCCGCUCACCUCAGCUGACCGCUUACCGGGAGCAGCUUCUUCGGGAGCCUCACCUGCAGAGCAUGCUAAGCCUCCGGUCCUGUGUCCAAGACCCCAUGGCCUCCUUCCGAAGAGGAGUCCUAGAGCCCUUGGAGAACCUCCAUAAAGAGAGAAAAAUCCCAGAUGAAGAUUUCAUCAUUUUAAUUGAUGGAUUAAAUGAAGCAGAAUUUCACAAACCGGAUUAUGGGGAUACAAUUGUAUCAUUUCUAAGUAAAAUGAUUGGAAAUUUUCCUUCUUGGCUCAAACUAAUUGUAACAGUUAGGACCAGUUUACAGGAAAUUACCAAGUUGCUGCCUUUCCAUAGGAUAUUUUUGGAUCGACUAGAAGAGAAUGAAGCCAUAGACCAGGACCUGCAGGCUUACAUCCUGCACCGGAUUCACAGCAGCUCAGAGAUCCAGAAUAACAUCUCACUUAAUGGCAAGAUGGACAAUACUACAUUUGGCAAACUCAGUUCUCACCUCAAGACCCUCAGUCAAGGGUCAUAUCUAUACCUGAAACUCACAUUUGACCUCAUAGAGAAAGGCUACCUAGUGCUAAAGAGUUCUAGCUACAAAGUCGUUCCUGUUUCACUCUCUGAGGUUUAUUUACUCCAGUGCAAUAUGAAGUUCCCAACUCAGUCUUCCUUUGACCGGGUGAUGCCUCUCCUGAAUGUGGCAGUGGCCUCUCUCCACCCACUUACUGAUGAACAUAUCUUCCAGGCCAUCAAUGCUGGGAGCAUUGAAGGCACACUAGAAUGGGAAGACUUCCAACAAAGAAUGGAGAACCUCUCCAUGUUCCUAAUCAAGCGCAGAGACAUGACUCGGAUGUUUGUGCACCCUUCUUUUCGUGAAUGGCUUAUCUGGAGAGAAGAAGGAGAGAAAACCAAAUUUCUCUGUGACCCCAGGAGUGGCCACACAUUACUUGCCUUCUGGUUCUCCCGCCAAGAGGGAAAACUAAACCGACAGCAGACUAUUGAACUAGGACAUCACAUCCUCAAAGCACACAUCUUUAAGGGUUUGAGUAAAAAGGUUGGUGUAUCGUCCUCCAUCCUCCAAGGACUCUGGAUCUCCUAUAGCACAGAAGGUCUUUCCAUGGCAUUGGCCUCUUUACGAAAUCUCUACACUCCAAAUAUAAAGGUCAGCAGACUGCUGAUUCUGGGAGGAGCCAAUAUUAAUUAUCGGACAGAGGUUCUAAAUAAUGCUCCCAUCCUAUGUGUCCAGUCUCACCUUGGCUACACAGAAAUGGUGGCCCUGCUUUUGGAGUUUGGGGCCAAUGUGGAUGCCUCUUCUGAGAGUGGCCUGACUCCUCUGGGGUACGCUGCAGCAGCAGGGUUCCUGAGCAUCGUGGUGUUGCUGUGCAAGAAACGGGCCAAGGUAGAUCACUUGGAUAAAAAUGGACAGUGUGCUUUGGUUCAUGCUGCUCUGCGAGGUCAUCUAGAGGUUGUCAAGUUUCUGAUUCAGUGUGACUGGACAAUGGCUGGCCAGCAGCAAGGAGUGUUUAAGAAGAGCCAAGCCAUCCAGCAGGCCCUCAUUGCUGCAGCCAGCAUGGGUUACACUGAGAUUGUCUCCUACCUACUUGAUCUUCCAGAAAAAGAUGAAGAGGAAGUGGAGCGAGCACAAAUCAACAGUUUUGACAGUCUUUGGGGAGAGACAGCCCUGACAGCCGCAGCUGGAAGGGGCAAACUGGACGUGUGCCGUCUGCUUUUGGAGCAAGGGGCAGCAGUGGCCCAGCCAAACCGCAGAGGAGCGGUGCCCCUAUUCAGCACUGUUCGCCAGGGCCAUUGGCAGAUUGUUGACCUUUUACUGACCCAUGGAGCAGAUGUCAACAUGGCAGACAAGCAGGGUCGUACUCCCCUGAUGAUGGCUGCUUCUGAAGGCCAUCUAGGAACUGUGGACUUCCUUCUUGCACAAGGUGCCUCCAUUGCCCUGAUGGACAAAGAAGGGUUGACAGCCCUCAGCUGGGCUUGUCUGAAGGGCCAUCUCUCAGUAGUACGCUCUCUAGUGGAUAAUGGAGCUGCUACAGACCAUGCAGACAAGAAUGGCCGCACCCCACUGGACCUGGCAGCUUUCUAUGGUGAUGCUGAGGUGGUCCAGUUCCUGGUGGAUCAUGGGGCCAUGAUUGAGCAUGUUGACUACAGUGGAAUGCGUCCUUUGGAUCGGGCAGUGGGUUGCAGGAACACGUCUGUUGUAGUAACUCUACUGAAGAAAGGAGCCAAAAUAGGUUGUCAGACGUUACCGAGUCGCCCACGAGGUCCAGCCACAUGGGCGAUGGCCACCUCCAAACCAGACAUCAUGAUCAUCCUGUUGAGCAAGCUGAUGGAAGAGGGGGACAUGUUUUAUAAGAAAGGUAAAGUAAAGGAAGCUGCCCAGCGCUACCAGUAUGCUCUGAAGAAAUUCCCUAGAGAAGGGUUUGGUGAGGACUUGAAAACCUUCCGGGAGCUAAAAGUGUCUCUCCUCCUCAACCUCUCUCGAUGUCGCAGGAAAAUGAACGAUUUUGGAAUGGCGGAGGAAUUUGCUACUAAGGCCCUGGAGCUGAAACCGAAAUCUUAUGAAGCAUACUAUGCGAGAGCAAGGGCAAAACGCAGCAGCAGCAGACAGUUUGCAGCAGCCUUAGAGGACCUGAAAGAGGCCAUCAAGCUAUGUCCAAACAACCGUGAGAUCCAGAGGCUUCUGAUGCGAGUGGAGGAAGAAUGCAGACAGAUGCAGCAGCAGCAACAGCCGCCACCACCACCCCAGCAGCCUCCAGAGGAGCUGCCAGAGGAAGAAACAGAGCCUGAGCCCCAGCCUGAAGAUAUAUACUCUGUACAGGACAUAUUUGAGGAGGAGUACUUGGAACAAGAUGUUGAAAAUGUUUCUAUUGGCCUCCAGACAGAGGCUCGCCCCAGUCAGGGGCUCCCAGUAAUCCAGAGCCCACCCUCCUCUCCAGCCCAUCGGGACUCAGCCUACAUCUCUAGCUCACCUCUUGGCUCUCAUCAGGUUUUUGACUUCCGGUCCAAUAGUUCUGUAGGCUCUCCCACUAGACAAGGUUAUCAGUCCACCUCGCCUGCUCUUUCUCCGACUCACCAGAACUCUCAUUAUAGGCCUAGCCCACCACACACUUCCCCAGCUCACCAGGGUGCAUCGUACCGUUUCAGCCCACCUCCCGUGGGAGGGCAAAGCAAGGAAUACCCUAGCCCUCCCCCUUCCCCUCUCCGUAGAGGCCCUCAGUAUAGGGCCAGCCCUCCAGCUGAGAGCAUGAGUGUCUAUAGAUCCCAGUCUGGCUCACCUGUACGCUAUCAGCAAGAAGCAAAUGUGAGUCAGCUUCCUGGCAGACCAAAAUCUCCGCUAUCCAAAAUGGCCCAGCGGCCCUACCAGAUGCCUCAGCUUCCAGUGGCAGUUCCCCAGCAAGGGCUCAGGUUACAGCCUGCCAAGGCCCAGAUCGUAAGAAGUAACCAGCCUAGCUCAGCAGUCCAUUCAAGCACUGUAAUCCCAACAGGAGCCUAUGGCCAAGUAGCCCAUUCAAUGGCCAGUAAAUACCAAUCUUCACAGGGGGACAUGGGAGUGAGUCAGAGCCGAUUGGUUUAUCAGGGAUCAAUAGGGGGGAUUGUAGGAGACGGGAGACCUGUACAGCAUGUCCAAGCCAGUCUGAGUGCUGGUGCCAUCUGUCAACAUGGAGGAUUGACCAAAGAAGACCUUCCACAGCGACCCUCCUCUGCCUAUCGAGGUGGUAUGAGGUACAGCCAGACACCACAGAUUGGGCGUAGCCAAUCAGCAUCCUAUUAUCCAGUCUGUCACUCAAAACUAGAUCUGGAGCGUUCCUCCAGCCAGCUGGGUUCCCCUGAUGUGUCACAUUUAAUCAGAAGACCUAUCAGUGUCAACCCUAAUGAAAUCAAGCCCCACCCACCGACUCCCAGGCCGCUGCUGCACUCGCAGAGUGUGGGCCUGCGCUUUUCUCCAUCCAGCAAUAGCAUCUCAUCCACCGCCAACCUGACUCCCACCUUCCGGCCUUCUUCUUCAAUUCAGCAAAUGGAGAUCCCACUAAAACCGGCAUAUGAUAGGUCAUGUGACGAGCUAUCACCAGUGUCUCCCACUCAGGGAGGUUACCCCAGUGAGCCCACCCGAUCCAGGACCACACCAUUCAUGGGGAUCAUAGAUAAAACAGCCCGGACUCAACAGUACCCCCACCUUCACCAGCAGAAUCGGACCUGGGCAGUCUCAUCAGUGGAUACCGUUCUCAGCCCCACGUCUCCAGGCAACCUGCCUCAGCCUGAGUCCUUCAGUCCACCAUCAUCCAUCAGCAACAUUGCCUUUUAUAACAAAACCAACAAUGCACAGAAUGGACAUUUGCUGGAGGACGAUUAUUACAGCCCCCAUGGGAUGCUGGCUAAUGGGUCCCGUGGAGACCUCUUGGAAAGAGUCAGCCAGGCCUCCUCUUAUCCUGAUGUGAAGGUGGCACGGACCCUACCAGUGGCUCAGGCAUACCAGGACAACCUGUACAGGCAACUGUCUCGGGACUCUCGACAAGGGCAGACAUCGCCUAUCAAACCAAAGAGACCAUUUGUGGAGUCUAAUGUUUAAGAGACAUUUGUUGGAGUGAGACCCAUAUGUUUUCACUGCACAUUUUCAGGCUUGGUUUCCACAUCUGAGGUAGUUCUCUGGCUUAAUUUCUCAUGUAGUUUCUGUGUGGUGUUCAGAGGUGACAGCCCACAUGUUGAAAUCCUUUGCAUGCAGCUGACUGGGAAGCUGGCCUCUGGUGAGCCAGGACUUCAGUUUCUCAGUUCUGUGCCCCAGCCACAUGCUCUCUCCCUCUCUUCCAACACCAAUGAGGAGAUUUUAUGCCAUGAGCUUUAACAGGGAGAUCAGACACACUGGUCAGCUUUUUCCAGGAGACAAUCGCUUUCACUGGUGUUCUUGUUGUGUGAAUGUCCUUUUCCAUUUUUUAAAAAGUAAGAUGUUCUUGUUUGUUUUCUUCUAGAAACUUUAGGAUGUGUGUGAUGCCUCUCUGUCCUUGCAUUCUUCCUCAGUGUUCCACAUGGCCAGCCCACAGUGCAUCGCUGUGCCAUGGUCUCCUCCCCAGACGCCAGCGCCCUGCAGGUGUCAGGUCUAGAAUCUUCAUUUACUUUAUUACUGGUCCUCCCCUGGUACAAAGGGGUCUAGGGAGAGAAAGAAAAAAAAGAGAGAAAGGAAGGAAGGUAGGUAGGUUGGUUGAUUGAAUAUGCUAAAUUGAUUGAAAGAAAAGCCUACUAUAAUUAUCUGAAAUGUUACUAUGUUGGUUUUCCAAAAAGCAUUUGGGGAACAUUUAACAAACAUCCAGUCCUUUAAAUAAAUUGAUUGGCCAAGGAAAUUCCAGGAGAACUGUGGGUAUUUUUAAAGUACUCACCGAGAGGUAUUCUCUAGGCUUUAACCAACAAUUAGCCACUAAAGGCUGCUGAUUUUCCAAGGCUAGAUAGAGGAGGGAAUAAGUAUAGAGAAAAGAGGACAAAGAGGGGGAAAUUGUUCUUGUUUCUCACUGAGAGAAAGCUGUCUCAAGUCUGCAUUUUAGAUCACAAAAGCCCCACUGAACUCUGAGGUCUGGCUGGUGUAGUAACCCUGCUGACUGCAUUUUCACCUGGAGCCAGGCUGCGUUCAGCUGAUGUCCCUUGUCCCAAACCAAGAUGGCGUUGUAAAGAGUUUCUUCCAGAACCUGCUUGGGUUCUCUUGGGACUGUAAGACCUAUCCCAGGGUUUCCACCCAGCCCAAUGUGUUCCAUGCCAGCUGUUAACUAAUUCCAUUUGAAGACCUCUGGUUUCAUUAUUCACUGUUAAAGGAAUUGUCUCUUUCAUCUAGGAGUGUUUAAUGGUAGUCUUUGAAAAUCAGAAACAGCCAAAAGUGUUGCAGGUUGCUCUGAGCACUGGGUAGGGGCAGGAGAUUGUAGCAGGCCUUUUCCUCCCUUAGUCUCCAUCUGUCUUGUGGCUGGUCGCUAACCUGAUUUUUGAAAAGCUGAGACAACUAUGAGGUAAGCAACAAGAACCAAGAACCAAAGCUGUAGCACAGUCCCAUCUCUGGCUGCACCUCAGCUCUUAAAACCAAGCCACUGGGCCCAGCAAACUGACCAGGGUGUUGGUACUUCGUUCUUAGGGAGCACCUUACUCCCUAGUAAAGGGCUGCAGGAAGGACAGUUUCUUAAACAGAAUGCAGCUGUGAUCUGACUGGAGUGCGGUUCUCUGAUAGGAUCUGAAGACAUGCAGAGCAUGACACUAAGAUCACAAACCUUUCAUCACUGAUUUAGAUUCUGCCAAUAGGUGGACCCCAGGCUCCCCCAAGCCUAAAACAGAUCAGGACACAUCUCUAUAAGCAAGACUGUUUUUACUGUGAUGUAGAAGAACUGCCCCAAUCUCCUAGACUAGGAUAGGCACCAGUCAUUUCUCCCUACCGGUCCAUCCACCUGUCUGUAUCUUCGUCUCUCCCAUCUGGAAGAAGUUUAUAGCUGUGGGGUCAGCCUGUAGCUAAGAGCAGCAGCCUCUUGGCUCCCUGUGUGGCCUGGACACAGCUUUCUUGGUCUCUGCAUCACACUGUAUCUUAUUCGAAGCACCUCUGAGGAAGCUACUACAAUCCACAGAAAAGUGCCCCCACCUGUUUGGAAAGCCACCCUUACCUGCCCAGGUGGGUUAGAGUGCCGUGCGGGCCUAAAAAUAACCACAGCUGCCACUAUUACCCAGGGUCCCUCAUUCUCCCAGGAAAAGAGCAUUAGCAUCACUACCCCCACCUGAAAUAUCAGCAUCAAACCACAGUUAUUCCCUAGACAUUGUAAGGGAGUACAUGCCACCACUGGGAGCAAGUGGGGUUGAUUAAAAGAAAACACCAAUGGGAGCUUCCCGAGGCAGGAGACAAGCAUCUUCCCUGGAUGCAGACGGCCUGCCCUGCUUUGCUACAUCACUGCCACGGUUGAUCUUAGUACUGUAUCUUAAACAAACCUGCCCUCCCUCCCUUCCCAACAAGGAGCAUUUGCCAGACACACAUGGCUUCAGGAUGGAAGACAGAUCUUAAACUGGCAAAUCCUGCUCACUCAAUUCACAUCACCCUUAAGUAGAGACAGGUGACAAACCUCAGCUUGUAGGUUUCUCACCAAAACAAGUUCCUUUGCCCAAAAUUCUUGCACUAGUGGGUUUCCAUCACAUCAUGUCUAUAAAUGGGUGCACUUUACUGUUUGAAUUUGUAACUGAUAAAUACUGGAUAUUUAAGUGUGAGUAAUGUCUGCAUUAGAAAUUAGCAGAGUCACUCUUGUCUCUAGUUUGUUUUUCAAGAAAAAAAA